UUAUAGAUUUUGUGAAAAGCGUAUCUUCUGUCAAAUUCAGGAAGAUGAAUAUGCAUCCUUAUAAACGUCCUUAUCUCGGCAAGAAAACAUUUCAAGAAAAUGGUGAUUCCCAUAAAGAUAAAGAAGAACAAAGAGGUACAAAUUAAAAAAUGCAUAUGAAGAAAGCGUCACUGAAAAAUGGCAAAAAGGACUGGCUGAAAACGUUCAGCUUAUCAAUGAAUUUCUCUUCGAAGGGCACCUCCGCAGUUUUGGAAAUUAACAACGAAUAUGAUUUCGACGAUAUAUCAAAUGCUUCGUCAAGUAAACACAAUGAUACACGCGGGGCCGUUUUAAUUGCUAAUCAAUAUGGUUUACAAAAUGAUGUUUUUGUCGGAGACAUUGAUACGAAAAAUAUAGAACGAGAUAUCAAUGACAGAGAACCAGACGAAAGAGACGAAUGGAAUCGUAAAGGGUGUGAUAUCGAUCACAUAGUACAUAUGAGCAAAAAUCCGUGCCAGAUUUCGCUCGGAAAGCCUUGCCAUCAUGUCAUGUCCGUUCAAUAUUCGAAAGACGAACUGAAACGCACGGAUAGGCAUAAAAAACCUGGUAUGACCAAUGCCGUGGUAUUGAAGGGGUUUUUACAAGGCGCUUUGACAGAUCUGGAAAAGAAAGGAUGUUUUAAGCAACCACCAGAUCGUCGUAAUGUACUUAUGCCACAAACUUUUGAAUCAAAACUGCCGCAGCUGACACCAAUUCCCAUAUAUCCGAACGAUAGAAAUGAACAAAUAAAUAUCAAUCCGUUCUAUUCCUUACUGAAUAGUUACGGCCAGUGGCCGAAUGAAUCAGGGAUAUCUCCAUCUCGGUUAGCAGAAGCGGGAUUCCAUAGCAUUGCAGCACAUGGUCAUUUGGUUGGUUGUCGUUCGUGUAAUAUACAACUUAGCAUUGACGAUUUCAACGGAAAUGACCCAUACACAGUCCAUAGACAGAUAUCACCUACGUGUCCAGCGGUGUAUAGGGGGGAAUCGAUUUCAACAUUGGUUCAACAAGAGGCAUCAGGUCCUGAGAACGGAAUUGAUUUCGAAACAGUUAACAAUAACUUACAUAGACUCCAGCUUGACGCUGCUGCUGAAAACGUUACAAGAUAUGAACCUGACCAGAUGGAAACGAUCAAUGAAGAACACACACACCUUACCGCACGUAACGACACACAAGCCGAUAGUGUACAAGGAGCAUCAGCAGCAUCAGAAACAUCAACAUCUAGUCAUCCAAUAGUUACUUAUGAACCACGAAAUCCGGGUCAGAGGUCACCAGAGGCUAGACGAGAGUCUUUCAGAAACUGGCUUGGCAGAUAUCAGGACAUCGAUAACUUAGUACAUUCUGGGUUUUUCUUUACAGGGGAAGAGGACAUAGUCCGUUGUUUCAAUUGUGAUAUUGGCCUGGCAGAAUGGGAUCCAACUGAUGACCCCUGGGUAGAACAUGCUCGUCACAGUCCAGACUGUCCCUAUCUGAGAGGUCAACGAGAUGACCAUUUCAUCUCAGGCAUUCAAAGGAGUUGGGCAGAGAUAUACACACCUAAACAUCCCCAAAUGAGCCAGGCGAGCACGAGACUCGAGACGUUUGGUCCUACCUGGCCACAAAACUACGUUCUCCAGAGACCAGAACAGUUGGCUGAAGCAGGCUUCUUUUACACAGGUGAAAUGGACACUGUCCGGUGCCAUUACUGUGACGGGGGUCUCCAGGAGUGGGAACCGAACGAUGAUCCAUGGACAGAGCACGCGAAGUGGUUUCCAUUCUGUAAAUUUGUCCUCAAAGUUAAAGGGUUGUCCUUUGUACAGGCAGCAGCUCUUCCGGAGGAAAAUGAUGGAGAAUAUGAAAAUGCGAUCGGAGUGACGUCACAACUUACACGUGCUGAGACUAGCUAUGAAGAAAAAUGUCGCAAAAAAGAGCAAGAAAAUCCUAUGUUGUCAGCAGCAGUAGAGAGCAUAAAGGAAUUUGGUUACCGGAAAAAAAUGAUAAAGAAAGCAAUCCUUGUCCACGUGGAAACAUCAGGCAAACGCGAAUUCAAUGCAAGUGAAUUGAUGGAUAUUAUAUUCAAGCUGGAAGAGAAGGAGUCGUCACUGGAAGAAGAUGGAUAUGAAUCCUGUUCAAGUUCGGAUGAAAUAAAUUUCACUCCCAAGGCGAUGGCUAAGGAGAAUGAAUACUUGAAGGCAAAACAGCUAUGUGAUUUAUGCCGGAAACAGGAAAAGUGUAUGCUUUUUUUACCAUGUGGCCAUAGAUCCACGUGUGAGCCAUGUGGAAAAGGACGGACGACAUGCUCAGUCUGUUUCAAGGAGGUGACAUCAUGCGUGAAGACUUUCCUCGGAUAAACCUGCAACAGCACCUUAAAACAUUUUGUCAGAGUGAGGAUUGGCUAUCGGAACAUAUUGUUAGAGUGAGGAUUGACUAUCAGAAAAAAAAAUGUCAGAGUGAAGAUUGACUAUCAGAACGUAAUGUCAGAUUGAAGAUUGGCUAUCAGAACAUAUUGUCAGAUUGAAGAUUGGCUAUCAGAAAAUAUUGUCAGAUUGAGGAUUGGCUAUCAGAACGUAUUGUCAGAUUGAGGAUUGGCUAUCAGAACGUAUUGUCAGAUUGAGGAUUGGCUAUCAGAACAUAUUGUCAGAUUGAAGAUUGGCUAUCAGAAAAUAUUGUCAGAGUGAGGAUUGGCUAUCGGAACAUAUUGUUAGAGUGAGGAUUGACUAUCAGAAAAAAAAAAUGUCAGAGUGAAGAUUGACUAUCAGAACGUAAUGUCAGAUUGAAGAUUGGCUAUCAGAACAUAUUGUCAGAUUGAAGAUUGGCUAUCAGAAAAUAUUGUCAGAUUGAGGAUUGGCUAUCAGAACGUAUUGUCAGAUUGAGGAUUGGCUAUCAGAACGUAUUGUCAGAUUGAGGAUUGGCUAUCAGAACAUAUUGUCAGAUUGAAGAUUGGCUAUCAGAAAAUAUUGUCAGAGUGAGGAUUGGCUAUCGGAACAUAUUGUUAGAGUGAGGAUUGACUAUCAGAAAAAAAAAAUGUCAGAGUGAAGAUUGACUAUCAGAACGUAAUGUCAGAUUGAAGAUUGGCUAUCAGAACAUAUUGUCAGAUUGAAGAUUGGCUAUCAGAAAAUAUUGUCAGAUUGAGGAUUGGCUAUCAGAACGUAUUGUCAGAUUGAGGAUUGGCUAUCAGAACGUAUUGUCAGAUUGAGGAUUGGCUAUCAGAACAUAUUGUCAGAUUGAAGAUUGGCUAUCAGAAAAUAUUGUCAGAGUGAGGAUUGGCUAUCCGAACAUAUUGUUAGAGUGAGGAUUGACUAUCAGAAAAAAAAUGUCAGAGUGAAGAUUGGCUAUCAGAACGUAAUGUCAGAUUGAAGAUUGGCUAUCAGAGCAUAUUGUCAGAUUGAAGAUUGGCUAUCCGAAAAUAUUGUCAGAGUGAGGACUGGCUAUCGGAACAUAUUGUAAGAGUGAGGAUUGACUAUCAGAAAAAAAAAUGUCAGAGUGAAGAUUGGCUAUCAGAACGUAAUGUCUGAUUGAUGUUCAUGUUCUUUUUUUUUUUUGUUAUUAUCAAGUGUUAUUUAUGUUAUUAUUGCAUGUGGCAUUCUUACUUAUGAAUUUUAUUUGCUUAAUUCUUAUUUUAUCAAUUCCGUAUUACACAUAUAUUCUCUCCAUCUUUUACAAAGAGGUAUAGAGCGAGGUAGGUUAUAUAUCUACUGUUUUCACACAUUAAUAUAGGUUAUUUGCAAUAUCCAUGCACAUUCGUUUUUAUUGUUAUUUUACAAUACAUAAUUAUAUGAGUGUACUGAAAAUUGUCAACAGGUAAAAUAGUUUUAGUUAUUUCAAAUAUUGUAAUUACCUAUAAGCUCUUAAAUAUCUACGUAAACACUAAGAAGAUAUCGAUGUACAUUUAUCUAUAUAUUAUAUACUAAGUUUUGAUUUAUUUUCAUCUGCCCUUCAUUUUGUAAUUCUUCGUAACCAUCCUUUCGUGGAUUUCUUUAAUGUGAAAUAAUUUUUUUCAAUUAAUAUUUUUUCAUUUCUGAUAUGAUCCGUAUACAUUUGUUGUAUUACUUCAACAUUCAAUUUAAAGCAUUUUGUUGAUAAUAACAACCGUAACAUUUCAUUUCAAAAAUAUUUAAUUGGUUAAACAAAAUGAUUGAGCGACAAGUGUUGCUUAAAUGAGCUCACUCCAUGGUUUCCAUCAUUCUUAAAAUAAUUCAUCAUGCUGCAUUGCAUAAUAGUUCAACUUUACUAAUGACAUUUGGGUAGUUCGUUGAGGGAUACAAUGAUUUGUCUGGAUUUAGAUGAUAAUGCCUCUGAAAAGUUACAUAAUUUCAUGUCACACAAGUGUAUGCACUUGAAAAUGUGAUAAAUAUAUUAACUGAAUAAUGUUGCAAAAUAUGCCAAGUCAAGUUGAAUAAAUAUAUAUUUUAAUUUUAAUUAAAUGCACAUGGAUAUACCAAGUUCGUUAUUAAAUGUAUUGCAUGAUAUUUGUGGUAUUUGAUUGUAAAUUAUUAUUUUUCAACAGAGAAGAAUAGACAGUUUAUAAUCACUUGACUUGAUAUUUAUUUAUACACCCCUGCUGUUUUAACCUAGAUUUAAAUAACUAUGAACAUAUAUAUUGAUUCUAACUUUUCUUUGCAUUUGAUUUUAUUUCCAAACCGUAUGGCUAUAUACUGUUUACAUAAUUAUCGAUAUGAUGUUUGAUAAUAGGAUAAUCAGUCAGUACAAGGAACAAAUGAUCAUAAUUGCUGAUCGUAUUCCAUACUAGAAUACACAUCUUGACAUGAUCCUGUUUGUUAAUACACUUAUUAUUUUCAUUCAAUUAUCGCAUGGUAUAGAAUGGAAAUUGCUAUUUUGAAAAAAAGGACGAGUUUGGGUUAUCGUUACAAUCCACCCAAAUAAAUUAUAAUCCUUUAUUGCCAUUCUAUGUGAAAUUUUCGAAUGUUGAAAUGUUUCGGGAAAAGUUAAACAUGCUUUAAAAAAACAAUUUAAAAUUUUUUGAAUCACUUAUUACGUGUAUAUUAAUGUUCUGUUUUUCCUGAGCCAUUAUUGUUGUUAAUGCGACUAAGUACUCUGGUCAUAGUGAUCAAUUUUCUUUAAAACAAAACGACUAGGGUCAUGAUGUUGGUCUUUGUACUUUCUAGUGAUCUAUAUCUAUAUUUUAAUCUACAAUGUAUGUUGAUGUGAAUAUUCUGCCUUUGUUUUCUAGAUUUGGGACUGGAAAAUGUUUGGUAUUCUUUGUUGCUUAUAUUUAAAAAAAGGGUUUCAUAAUUGUCUGUUUAGCGUUUCUUAAAAUUCAUCUCAAACAUUUUUUUUCAUUGAUAAAAACGGAUAUGAUAGAUGAUACAUGGUAAAUCAGUUUAUUGUCGCACAA